CAGCAGCAGUUCAUCAGAUGAUUGCCCCGACAGCGACUCGGAGGAAGAGUGCAGCUUCCGGCUCCCAAAGAACCAUGUGUUUGUGCGAGUCCUGGGACACGGCGCCUACGGGACGGUGCUGGCGUGCGUGAAUGAGGAACGUGAGGAGCCCGUGGCGAUAAAGGUUUUCAAGCAGAAGUGUAUCGGACCUGCACUGUGGGAGGUGAGACGCUGUUCAUUUUGAUUGCAUGUAGUCAGGACAUGUUAAACAGGGCUGCUGUUUACUUCCAAGCUUCAUGUUAAUGAAACUGUACGACAUUUGUCCACAUUGCUUCAGUCCUAGUCCGAAAAAAAAAAAAAAAAAACACUAUUUUAAAAACUGAAAAUCAUGUUUCCUCAGGCUCGUAUAAUGAGAACCCUUAUGCAGUACGAUCUGGACUCCUCCAACAUCGUCAAGUAUCAGGGGUCAUAUUCCGACAACAAAGCAAUGAACCUGAUGUAUGAGAUGUUGGACAUCAGCCUGGAGGACUAUAUGAAUACAAUAGGACGACCAGCGCGACUUGAGGACAUCCGGGUGAUCAUUCAACAGAUGGCCGUAGCCUUCGACGCCUUGAAGAGCGUCGGUGUAAUCCACGGGGACCUGAAGCUGGACAACAUCAUGCUGGUGGAUCACAUGAGACGGCCCUUCAGGGUUAAACUCAUAGACUUUGGUUUAGCCCUGUACAGGUGGAACGCGAAACCGGGAAAGUUAAUCCAGACAAUAGAUCACAGGUAACAUCACAGUGGCCACAUUGGAAGGAGGAGACUGACUCUUCGGUGUAACUGGCUUCAUUUCAUUUUUUUUUUUUUUCUUUUCUCCUACUCAGAGCACCAGAAAUCAUGUUGGGGCUGCCAUUUUCAGAGGCCAUCGACAUCUGGUCGUUGGGCUGUGUCAUGGCAAAUCUGGUGCUUUGUGUUGCACUAUUUCCAGGCAACUCUGAAUAUGAGGCACUCAGAGUCAUCACUGAUCUCCUGGGUCCACCACCGGCGCAUCUGCUUAAAAUUGGAAAGAACACGCGUGUGUUUUAUAAGAAAGUAGAUAACCAGUGGCAGCUGAAGACCCCUGAGGAGUACUACCAGCUUUCGCGGGAGAGUGAAAGAUCAGACUAUUGGAGUUACACUGGAGUCUUCUCCCUGGACGAAGCAAAAGCGAUGCGUCUGGAGAAAAAUAAUCCAAGAGAGGCUGAGGAGAGGAGGGAGUGCAUUGAGCUGCUGAAGGCGAUGCUGCAGUGGGACGAGAAGGACAGGAUCACCCCCGGUGGGAUCCUCAAGCAUCCCUUCAUCACUAAAAGCUACCUGAACAACACCUCCAACCUCAGUGGGCCCAGCAGAAAUGAACCUCAAGCCACCACCAGUCGGAGUCAGAUGGAAGCAGCGACUGAGACUGUAGACAAGUUAGUGUAAAUUCCUCCUUCAUCAGGGUCAACAUUAGACCCUGAUGAAGGGUCUAAUGUUUCAUUAAUUAAGUAACUAAUUGUGUGUUUUCACUCCAUAGGGUAAGUGAGACUCUGCCAACAGGAGUCAUCCAGGUUCAGCCUGCAGACCCCGAGAACAGGAUCCACUUUGUGGAGGAGCCUAACGAGGACCCUGAGCGGAGCAGCCACCAGGCUCUGCCACCAGGAGUCAUCUUGGUUCGGCCUGCAGACCCCGAGAACAGGAUCCACUUGGGAGAGGAGCCUAACGAGGCCCCCGAGCCGAGCUGCCACGAGGCUCUGCCCCAAGGAGUCAUCUUGGUUCAGCCGGCACAUCCCGAGAACAGGAUCCACUUGGGAGAGGAGCCUAACGAGGCCCCUGAGCUGAGUCCACAUCCUACACCAGCCCCUGCUUCCACUGAUAAAACCGCCACCAACCCUGUGGACACAGAGCACCAGAC